AUGGUGAAUGUAUUAGGUGCAGAUACACUGCGUGCAAUGGCAACAGCCGAAUCAGAUAAUAGUCUGCGCAUGUUGAACGCUCUGGGCCUGCAAAGUACCUCAAUUACAGAUGGGACGACACCAGUGAAUUUGUUAACUACUGCUCAUGGUUUAAUCGGUUCAGUGUUUGAGGGUUCUUCUCGUAAACGUGCUUCAGAGGUGUUAGGCAAUGUAGAUGGAAAAUGA